AUGGUGUGGGAGUUGAUGGCAGGAGUGGUGUUGCUGAGAGAGCGGCGGGGAUGGGGAGGGGGUGAUGGUGGUGGUGGUGGCGGGGAGGGUGACCGGCCGGGGGACGCGGGGUUCGGCUCAGGUGAGGAGGGCGGGGUCGGCUCAGCCAUCUUCACGGUCGAACAGGCGGAAGGCGAGAAGCUCCGGCUGUCAGCAGGGCCACCGGCUAUGUUGGGAUUGUGGCCACCACCAGCUCGAACAACUAUCGCUUCUGGAAACACAGCAAUAUAUACUACAAGCAGCGUUGUGGAAAGAUUAGCUCGAGAAGACGAAGAAGAGGAUGAGAAUAAGCAUGCUCGCAGGAGGCCGUGGGUAAGCAAGGAAGGAUCAUCCGACGUGAAGCUGCUGGAGAGCGAGGUGGCUGCAGUGCCGGACAACGACUGUGCAUGGUGUGCUAGAGGAGCAGCAGGCGGCUCACGGGCAUUGCGCGUACAUGCAGCAGCUCUUGUGUCUCAACUGGGUAUGGUUCAGGUCAUGCGGGCGGAUAUGGAUCUUGGAAUGCGGAAAGCGCAGGCCGAGAUAGAAAGCAUCAUCCGCGACGCCGCACAGGCAGAGUCGCCGGCUCAUAUGUGA